AUGCGGAUGAACAGAAACACAGCCAUAUUCAUGGUCAGUCCUAAGGAUGGCAGAAUAAAGACAAAAAUUAAAAAGAAGGAUAGCGAAAUGAAGAUGAAAGAGAAGCAGAAAUUGAGGCCUCAAGUAAAGUCCACUCUCCAGUCUGACGAGGCUUGUUUCUUAUCCAAGACUCCUAGCAGUGAGGGUAAGGCCUCUAGUAAACAUAUGACAUCCAGCAUGCCUGAUAAUGCCGCUUUAUCAAAUGGAUUCAAAGAUUCUGCAACAUCUGAGCAAGAAACAGCAAAAGUUGUUUCUGCUCCUAAAGAUCAGGAAUCCAGCCUGGUAAAACCAGCUCAGACCUUACAGCAAGAAGUGGAAAAAAGUGAACAAAUUGUUCCAUUUUAUGGGAUGCAAACAGAAGUAAUUUUAGAUAUAAAAGAGGCCAAUAAUAUGCCAAAGCCUAAGAGAAGGAGAAGAAAAGCAAAAGAAUCUACUCUUGAGAACACAAAAAUUCUGCCAGUACUUCAGGAAGAUAAUUUGGUGGAACCUAAAGUAGAACCUGAGGCAUUAGACUUUGAACCAUUUGCUUCUUUACAGACUAAGGAGUUACUCUUUGCUCCUAUGGAAGUGGAUCUUCUAAGUGUUCCACCAAUGAAGAAGAAGAAAGGACGCAAGAGGAAACCAGCAGAAGAGACCUCUCCAAAGAAAGAGUUGCGUGCAGAGUGUGAGCUAGAACUGCCGGUCAUUACGGCAGAAGAGAAACCUGUUGUGUUUAGUGAGGCUUCGGAGACAUUCAACGUAGUUGAGGAAGAGCAGAUGCAUAAUGUAAAUGAGGACAUGCCCUCCUUAACCUCUGAGCUAGAACAAAUGCAGAACACUAGAGCUGACGAAUAUGACUUGCCACUGAAUUAUAUCACUAGGGUACCCCGUAAAGAAGAAACGGAGCAUAUAAUGCCCAUGAUUGGACCGGAAACUCUGGUUUGUCAUAAAGUUGACUUGAAUAAAGGUGAUGAACAGGACAAGAUAGAGGACAUGGUAACAGAGAAGGCAGACAUGGACACACAGACCAUACUUGUACCCACACUGCCUCAGAGUUACUCUGUGACUUCUCCCCUUGCACUCAGGCACGAUGAGUCUCACAGCAUAAAGAGUGAGAGUGACAUAACCAUCGAAGUGGACAGUGUGGUAGAAGAAUCACAAAAAGGCCUAAGUGAGAGUGAGUCGGCUAAUGGCUUUGAAGCCAGCACCACUUCUAGCAACGGCGGCAUAGCUGUGCAGGAAGCAGAGAUGCCUGACAAAUGCCAUAAACGGAUCAGUGAGAGCAUCCUUGAAACACUGGCAAAGAAACAGAAGCACGCACCAAAGCGAAUGAGCGCUUCAUCUAAGGGUGAAAAGAACGGAACAGGUCAAAGCUACGACAGAGAAGACCGUUCUGCUCUGGACACCUCCAGUAUAUGUGCUCCUGAUAAGCACAUACGUGUUCCUAAGCCACAAGAGAUCAUGAGAUCGCCGACCACAGUCACAUCUCCGCAUACAAAGCAAACAAAAAAAGUCAAGCAUCGAGAGAAGCACCAGCACCCUACACCUAGGGUGUACACGUGGACACUGCAGCUCAAUGAACUGGAUAAUAUGUCUGGCACAGAGAAGAUUGAGUUCCUCGAGGAUACACUGCAGGAGAUCAGAAAGCAGUACAUGUCCUUAAAGGCUGAAGUAGCUGCAAUAGACAGGAAGCGGAUAGAGUCACAAAACAAAGGCCGAAAAGUGUACAAUACCAGAGCAUCAAUGUCCUCUGCAUCUUCAUGGGCUGGAAUGGGUUCCUCAUGCUCUUCUCACAAAGCACACUGUCUGUAGAGUGCAGGAAAAACAUGCCGUCACCUACUUCCCAGCAUCCGGCUGCCAUGGACACUUACCCUCCAUCCCUUUAAUCCUACCACAUGAAGCACUUAACUAAUUUGAUAAAAGACAUUUUUUUUUUUCUUAAAUAAUAAAAUUAGGGUUAGUAGACUA